ACUAAGUGUACAUUUAAAGGGAAGACCCAUGAUGUGGGUCCAUGCCGUUAUGUAAAAUGUCAAAAAUACCCUUCGGUUAUGUAUGUUUAGAGGACCAAAGAGAAAUAUGGAGUACAAGGAAGCUGAGGCCUUCUCAUUUACAAGCAUCAGCUGGUUUCAACGGGUAGCGUCACAUUCCGGCUGGCGACGUCAAAGCUUUUAAGGGAAUCAGAGAUUUCAGUUAUUUAGCUGAUUGUUAAUCGGAAAGGGUUUUCAGAGAGUAGAGGCCAUGGUGCUCUUUCCGUCGCUUUUUGAUGGAUUGGCGAGAAGUGUAUCGAUUAAGAAAGGGAGGAAUCUGGGUCGGAGUGAUGUUGGAAGGGAAGCUGCAGACGCCUUAGCAAAAGACGCGAAGAAGAAUGAGUUGAUGCGGAGUUCGUCCGGCGUUGUCAAGUCCAAUAAGUCUGAUAAUUUUGCCUCUGUUUGCUCCAAGCGAGGGCAGAAAGGAAUUAACCAGGAUCGCACAGUUGUUUGGGAGGAAUUUGGAUGCCAAGAAGAUAUGAUCUUCUGUGGGAUUUUUGAUGGGCAUGGACCUUGGGGACAUAUUGUAGCUAAAAGGGUGAGGGAAUCAGUGCCCUCUUCUUUGUUGUGUAACUGGCAAGAAACUGUUGCUUUAACCUCACUUGAGCCCGAUUGGGACAUGGAGUCGGAUAGGAACCUUAGACUGUUUGAUGUGUGGAAACAAUCUUACUUGAAAACAUAUGCUGCCAUAGAUGAAGAGCUUAAGCAGCAUCGCAGGAUUGAUUCAUUUCACAGUGGUUCCACGGCUUUGACAAUUGUUAAACAGGGUGAACAUCUUGUGAUAGCAAAUGUUGGUGAUUCUCGAGCUGUUCUGGCAACAACCUCUGAUGAUGGCAACUUAGUACCACUUCAACUUACGGUUGAUUUCAAGCCUAAUAUCCCUGAGGAAGCUGAGAGAAUAACACAGUCCAAAGGGAGAGUGUUCUGUUUAAGAGAUGAACCAGGAGUCUAUAGGGUCUGGAUGCCAAAUGCAGAGACACCAGGAUUAGCAAUAUCAAGAGCCUUUGGAGAUUACUGCGUAAAAGACUUUGGACUCAUUUCUGUGCCUGAUGUUACCCAAAGAAACAUAACAAACAAAGACCAGUUUGUCAUUCUAGCCACAGAUGGGGUAUGGGAUGUGAUUUCCAAUCAAGAAGCAGUGAAGAUUGUUUCUUCAACAGAGGAUAGAGAAAAAUCAGCCAAGAGAUUGGUGGAAUUUGCUGCUCGUGCCUGGAAAUAUAAGAGACAAAGCAUUGCAAUGGAUGACAUGUCAGCUAUCUGCCUCUUCUUCCACCCAAAGCCAUUUAAGCACCCCAACCCCAUCAUCAAGGUCUCUAAAGAAGGCCACCAUGAGUAAAGCUGGAUAACAAGGCUGGUUUUCCAUAUGUGUAUAUACAACCUUCGUUUCAAAUGGUGCUGUUGUAAUUGUUGUGUACACAUAAGUAAAUCGAUAGUUUGCGGGUUUAUACAGAAGAAAAUGGUGCAAUAAAAUCUCAUUUUGUUU